AUCAUUGCCAUCAAAACACCUUCCAGGCUAAGGAUCCACAGCCAAAGAGGAGAAGAAUAGAGGGGUGAAAAAAGGCAAAUUCUUCCUGUUACACGAAGAAGCACAUCAAGAUGUCUAUUGAAGUGAAAGAGAAGACAGAGGUGCGUCUGGUGUUUUUGGGAGCAGGUGGAGUGGGAAAGACAGCCCUCAUCCAACGUUUCCUCAAAGAUACCUUUGAGCCAAAGCAUCGGCGUACAGUGGAGGAGCUCCACAGGAAAGAAUAUGAGGUGGGGGGUGUCAAAGUCACUAUCAACAUCAUGGACACCAGUGGCAGCUACUCCUUCCCUGCCAUGCGCAGGCUCUCCAUCCAGAACAGUGAUGCCUUUGCUCUGGUCUACGCUGUGGAUGACCCUGACUCUCUGGAGGCAGUCAAGAGUCUGCGGGAUGAGAUCCUAGAUAUCAAAGAGGACAAGUACACACCGAUUGUGGUGAUAGGGAACAAGAUUGAUCGUAACAAUGAGCGACAGGUGUCCAGCGAGGACGUGGAGUCCACUGUGGAGUUGGACUGGAACCACAGCUUCUUGGAGUCUUCAGCCAAAGACAACAUCAAUGUCCUGGAAGCUUUCAGGGAGCUGCUCCAGCAGGCCAAUCUUCCUAGUCGGCUCAGUCCAGCACUGUGCCGGAGGCGGGAAACCUUCCCCAAAGACAGCAACAAACGACCUCCUAUGAACAAAACCAACAGCUGCCUCCUCUCAUAGCGAUAUUGAGAUGCACAAAGGACAAAGUGAGACUGGGGGGCAGAAAACUGUUGUAAAUAGAUUUAAAGUUCCUUGUUUGCAAGGGUCAGAUUUGGACAGAAGCAAAACAAGAAAUGCUGUUAUACAUCUUAAGCUUCAUGUGAGACACUGAGUCAGUAAAAUAUUUGUCCAUCAGUCUUGUAAGCACUGCAGUUAGCCCCACAGAGGCACUGACAGCACAGAGAUGCUGCAGCGAGGACCGACAUGUGAUGAUGUAAACAAAUACGACCUUAAAGACAGUGUGGAAUGUGGCUGAGCUCGAAAAUACUUACUGUGAAUGUUAAAAAUGUAAGAUAUGGUGACAGUGCAGAGCUCAUUUUACAUACAAAUAUAUGAUAAUGUUUGAUUUGGGGCCUUUAUGUUACUGCUGUUUAAAAAAAAGUGCAAUAACUGUGAAACCAUAUAAAUGCAAAAGUGUUUUUGUGUCUGCAUAUGUCAGUUUUAUGAAUCAAGUGAACAACUAAGGACAAAUUUAAACUUUUUUUCUUGUGAAUGCUUGUGCAACCUGUUCUACAGCUCUUAGAAGAUUGUUUGCAAAACAGCUAACAUUUAAAUACACAGAGCACAUUCACUGCUGGUUCUCUCUACUUUGAUGUUUAUUUAUGUGAGUUUGUCUUAAAGAAUAGCUGACAGAAGUGCAUUGCAAAUCUGAGCAUAAAGGGGUUUUUUUGUUUUUCUUUUCUUAUUAAUGUGGUAUUUUCUAUUUAUUGUGACACCACAAAGAGCCACAAAGGCAUGUUCGAUGUAUUUAUUCAGUGCUUAUUUCAAGUUAAAUAAAAGAUUUGAAUUUAA